AAAAAAAUAAAAAAUAAAAAAAAUUAGGGCAAAUGAGUCAGGAAAAGAAGAAAAACUCUUUCCUAUACAAAGCUUGAACACAAGCAUAAACCCUUGCCUCACCCCCGUUUUCCACCGCCCCCUUCCUUAAACCCUUUCAAUGGCCGCAUAACUCUACAAUAAGCAUUCGUCAGUCUACUAAAAAAGUGGAGAGAGUAAAAGAUAGUGUAUUCUGACUAAAAAUGGCGGCGGCCUCCAUAGCAGCACAACUUAAAGCUCUAAAAGCUCAUGUAAAAACAGAUACAGAUGUACCCAAAAGACCAAUUACUCGACCCUCCGUCUUAUUUAGCCCUAAAGAAGCUGCUGAUCUUGAUAUCGACACCAUCCUUAGCUACGCUUUAUCGGGUUUGGAAGUUCUAGAAAAUAUUGAUGAUCGCUUCAGGAAUCACAAGCAGGAUCUGUUUAGUCAUAAAAGCAGAGACUUGGAUAGGGAGUUGAUGGGCAUAGAAGAAAAUAAGCGCAUUGAUGCUUCGAUCAGUUCUUAUAUGCGCUUGAUUUCUGGACAUUUUCAAUCACAAUCUGCAUUAAAGACGCUUGAAUACUUGAUUCGUCGAUAUAAGAUUCAUGUGUAUAAUAUUGAGGAUUUAAUCUUGUGUGCGCUACCUUAUCACGAUACUCAUGCUUUUGUUCGAAUAGUGCAAUUAAUUGACUUUGGAAAUAGUCAAUGGAAAUUCCUUGAUGGUGCUAAAGGAUCUGGUGCUCCACCUCCCAGGGAGGUUAUUGUCCAGCAAUGCAUACGUGACAUGGGUGUCCUUGAGAUUAUAUGCACCUAUGCAACUCCUUCAAAAAAGCAUCGCCCUGCUACACCUGUGAUCAGCUUUUGCACAGCAGUCGUGGUAGAGGUUUUGGGCUUUCUGGCAACCGUUGAUAGUGAUAUUGUGAAGAUAAUUCUUCCCUUUUUGAAUUCAGGUCUGCAGUCUGGUGGUUUAGGGUCUUCAGACUAUAAAGCUGGUACUUUGAUGAUUGUUGGUCUAUUAGCUAAAAGAGUAUCGUUGUCUUCCAAACUGGUAAACAGCUUGGUUAGAUCAGUGGUGGAGUUAGCUCAAGCAGAUGCACAAGCUUCAACAGAUUUGCAGUGGGUUCAGUUAUCAAUUAUGGCUUUAGUCAACAUUGUGCAGUUGCAGUCUGUUGAAACACUGCCUAAGAAGGCAUUAGACAUCCUGAAGAAAAUUGAAGUUCUCCCUGGAAUUCUUUUACAAAUGACCACAAGGUUCAAUAUUGACAGAUUUAUUACUGUGCUAUUGGAGUCCCUUAUUGACUACUGUAGUUCCGACGGUCAAUGCCAACUUGCUGUGGUAUCUAUUGUUGAGACAGUCACUCUUAGGGGCCUUGUUCGAGCUAUAGUUUUCAGGCUUCUUUCUUCAUGUUUGCGGUUGUCGCAGAACACCGACGGUUUAGAACUUUCUGAAUCAGGGAGCUGGGCUAAGAAAAUAUUUCUUAUUAUUAAUGAAAAGUAUCCCAGUGAAUUACUUUCUUCUGUUCAUGAAUUCUUGAAUGACAAAAAGGUUCAGCUAAAGGGUGAAUUCUCAGUGGUUGAUGCUUUGUGCAAGAUACUGGAUGGAAAUGUGAGGACAUCUGUGGCCUCCACAGAUUCAAAAGUCUGGUUUGGGCUCAAACAUCCAAAGGCUGAAAUCCGACGGGCUACACUCUCUGAUCUUGACCUGUCUACCUUUUUGAAUGAUGGGGUUACGUCAGAGAGACUUGGAACUGUCCAGGAUGUAGUUCAUUGUCUCUCCGACGAUGAUCUGAGUGUUGUUCAUGCAGCUCUUUCUCUUGAUAAAUUGUCUGAGCUUAUAGACUCUGCUCGUCUCCUGGAUAUAUUUCGGGAUUUGCUUCAGAAAUGCACUCAGAUUUUAUGGUCAGGUGCACAGGAGGAUCUUUCUCUAGCAGGUGAGGUUGCUAUCUUAUGCCUGAAGCAUGCAGUUUCUUUUUUACAAGACCGAACUGAUCUUCUGGAGCGAGUUGCUACAAUGAUAUUCCCCUUCAUUUUUGUUUUCCCGAAGACAAAGAAGCUGAACUUGAAGGCCCAGGAAUUGGCCAAGGAAAUUAAAUGGCCUUUCUACAGGGAUUUAGUCAUGGCGUCUAAUGUUAAAAAGGACCUCAAAAAGAAAUCGGGGAAAGAGUGGGUUUCUGCUGUUAAUAUGCCAACUGUUCGCAGCUUGGUGAAUGUCUUUUCCGAUGGUACCGAAGAAUUAACUUCGUGGCUUAUCAAAUGUUGCGGUGAAUCUGAAUUGUCAAAAACAUUAUUCUUCUUGGUUUUGCUACAGUCAUUUAUACUGCAGAAGAAUGCCUCUCAUCAAUUCACCACUUUGUUUGAAGCUUGCUAUGCUUUUGUUAAGGCGGAAUGGAGAAAUAUUGAGCCUGUUGAAAAUAUUUUGCGUGGUCAGGAGUUCAGUUCUAAGAUUCUCGAGUCCGAAGACAACAAGUUUCUGGAUGAGCUUGAUGAAAACAAUCUUAAGAUUUUGAAUUCAAGGAUUCUGGUUUUGGUGUUUUGGAGGGCAAUUAAGGGAUAUAUCUCAGUGGUGCCAGCAAGUGUUGACCUGAGUGAUGAUGGAAAAUGGAUGUGCACUUUGAGGGAUCUGUACGCCUUCUUUGCUGAAUCUAACCUGAAGCAUGUUUUCAAGGAACACAGAAAUUAUCUUGUUCAAAACUGCAAGGUCUCUCCAAUCCAUUUCCUCUCAACCUUCAUCAGUGAUCCGGAAGUUUCCUCCAGUGUACAAGUUGAGAGCCUGCAUUCAUUUGCUAUGCUCUGUUCUCAGGUAGAUGAGGGUUCUGCUUUGCAGCAUUUGGCUGGAUUCCCUUUAAUUCUUGUUCCAUUGUUCAGUGAUGUCCAGGAUGUCAGGGUAGCAGCUAUGGAUUAUGUUGAAGAGCUUAGCACCCUGUGCUCCCGUAUAAAAUAUGCAGGCAAGAAAAAUGGAAGUAGUGACAUUUGGAGUUCUUCUAUUGAUGAACUGUUGAGUAUUCUGGUACAACAGAAGAAGUUGAUCGUGUCUGACAGGAAUAUCCUUCCUUCAUUAAUGGCUUCGAUAUUAUCAUCAUCUUUCAAAAGCUUUCUUGUGCCACUGGAUGUUGGUCAGAGAUUAGAUAAGUCUACCACAGAUAAAAUUCUCACUUUCAUACUAGGAUCUGCUAUGAGAUUUUCUGGGUAUGCAAAGCUAAGAGUCCUUUCACUUCUGAAAGAGUUAGGCGCCUCCAUUGUGCGGGUAAAGGAUGUUGAGUCUCUGCUUCUUGAACUUCUGCAGCGGCGUAACAGUUACCAUUUUAGGCUUGAUAGGUCAAAUCAAGAGUUGUCAAACAUUGAUGUGGAUAUCCUCUGCCUUCUAAUUGAGAUCUGUGCUAGGCCCACAUCAUCAGAUACACGUAUUGUUGAAGACCAUCUAUUACCGGCAUUUUGCAACGAUGGUUUGUUACCAGAUGAUCCCGCUAUACUAAGGCCAUGUAUUGCAUUUUUGCAGAAUUUGAAAGGAACUCUAUACAAGAGUUUGCGUCCUGAGGCUCAGGAAAAACUUCUCCAACAAUUAGUGCUUCUUUACCAUGACACUAACAACGAUGUACAGAAUACAACUAGAGAAGCAUUGUUGCGAUUGGAUGUUUCUUCUUCAACCGUUGCCUCUAUUUUGAAUACUGUCCUUGUGUAUGAAGGUGAUUUAGUGGCUUCCUCACACCUGAAAAAGAAAUCGAAGAAGCAUAACCCUGUUUUAUUUUUUGGAGGCCGAAGUGCACUUAGCUUUCUUAUCUCUCUUCUUGAUGUGCUACUGUUAAAGAAAGACAUAGGAAACAGGGUCCUUCUAAUAGAGCCCCUUUUUCAGCUGCUUGAGAAAGCCUUUUCAAAUAAGUGGGUCCAUGCGGUGACCCAAGAGGGGUGUGUUCCAGAUGUAUCAGGCGUCUCUCAAACCACGUCUAACGCAUUGUCUUACAUACAGCAGACGCUGUUGCUUAUCUUGGAGGAUACCAUUGCUUCACUCUCAGAUGAUCUCUCUCUGAACAAUGGAGUAUUUGAUAAAUUUGAUGCUGCAUUACUUGUUUAUUGUGCGCGGUCUGCGACAGAUUUUGUUACCAGCAAUCAUGUGUUUUCACUAUUUGCUACAAUUGCAAAGGUUGAACCUGACAAGGUUUUGCACCAUAUUCCUGCAAUUCUUGCUGUUAUCAGUAAGUCAACUGUUGACCAUGAUGAUAGUCAUUCAAAACGUGUAUUUGAAGGGUUCAUUUCAACGGUUGUUCCUUGCUGGUUAUCUAAGAUGGAUGGUGCAGACAAAUUGCUUCAGAUUUUUAUAAAUGAAAUGCCUGGUGUUGCCCAGCAUCGAAGGUUGUCAAUCUUUCUCCACCUCUUGAAAACACUGGGAGAAAGAAGUAGUAUGGGUUCAUUGCUAGUCCUCCUUUUCCGUUCAUUGGUUUCAAAAGAGAGAUUUUCUUCUCUUUAUAAUGAGAUAGACAUUUCUGGCUUCAUAAACUCUGUAGUUCAAACAGAAUGGGAGUAUAGUUUUGCUGAACAAAUAUGCCAACAGUAUACAUGUAUGAUAUGGCUCCCGUCACUUGUUUCAUUGCUCAAGCAAUUGCAGGCUGGUAGUCUUGACAAUAACCAGUGUGUGACAUUGUUAUUUGCUAUGAAGUUUGUUUUGGGGAAGUUGCAAGGUCCUGAAGUUGUGUUGAAGCUUAAGUCUAUGGAGGAUAUGGAAUCAAUCCAGGGAACACUCUCGGAACUCAUGGUGCAGGUUGUUUUUUGUUGGCAACUCGUUGACACAAGUAAAAGGAAGAUAUCACUUCCAGUCAUUUUGAAAAAGGAGCUUAAGGAGAUUAUCCAUGCUGUUUUAAUGAAGAUAACAAGCGGAAUGCUCCCAUCAGCCUUUUUCCAAGGCAUCAUAAGGUUGCUGGUCCAAGCUGACAAAGGUGCAAGGAAGAAGGCCCUUCAAGUUCUGUGUAAAUCUGUGAGAGACCUUGAAGCUCCUGGAUCUAAAAGAGAAAAGGAGCGAAAUAUGCACCUGAGAGGCUCUUGGAAUCAUCUCGAUGGAAAUAAUUUAGACUCCUUUGCUGCACUUUGUCUGGAAAUCCUGCAGUUAGUUGAUGGUUCUGGUGAUGAUCUUAAUGUUUCUGUCAGGCUGGCUGCUAUUUCGGCAUUGGAAGUCUUAGCUAACAAGUUUCCUUCCAAUCAUACAGUUUUCAGCAAGUGCCUUGUUAAUGUUGUGCAAAAUGUGUCAUCUGAUGAUCUUGCUGUUGCUUCUUGUUGUCUACGGACAGCUGGUGCAUUAAUAAAUGUUCUGGGGCCAAGAGCACUGCCCGAGCUUCCCGAAAUCAUGAAAAAUGUUCUGCAGAAGACCCGGUUUUUGUCUUCGUCAUCAGGAGCACAAGGAAAAUCUGCUGAGGACAUUUGUAACCAGUCAGCUUCGAAAGAUACACUUAUGCUAUCUAUACUUUUCACUUUGGAGGCACUUGUAGAGAAUCUUGGUGCCUUUUUGAACCCCUACCUUGGUGAUAUUGUCGAAAUUGUGUUGCUACAUCAAGAUUUUGUAUCAGAGUCCAAUCAAAAAAUAAAAUCGCAUGGUGAUAAUGUAAGAAGGCUACUCAGUGAGAAAGUUCCUGUCAGGCUAGCAUUACCUGCCUUGCAGAAUGUGUACCCAAAAGCUGUGAAGGCAGGGGAUUUGAGUUUGUCUACAGUUUUUGAGUUGCUCAAGAAUUUUGUUAGUAAAAUGGACAAAUCAUCAGUGAGCGGUUACCACACAAGCAUUUUUGACUUCUGUAUGCUGGCUCUGGAUCUCCGCAGUCAGCACCUUGAAUCAAUUGAGAAUAUUACUUUCGUGGAGAAACAUGUCAUUGGUGCGGUGGUUGCUUUGACGAUGAAGAUGACAGAGACUAUGUUCAAGCCUCUUUUCAUACGAAGUAUUGAAUGGGUAGAGUCGAGUUUGGCAGAAAAUAAUCUUGUAGGGACCAAAAACAUCAGAAGAGCAGUGUCUUUUUAUAACUUGGUCAAUAAGCUCGCUGAAAAUCAUCGAUCACUGUUUGUCCCAUAUUUCAAGUAUUUGCUGGAGGGAUCUAUUAGUUAUCUUGCUGAUGAUGGUGGUAAGAUUAGUCAAUCCAGGAAGAAAAAGAAGGCCAAGAUUCUGGAUUCUGAAAGCAGAAAGACUGAGGCAGCUGAUUCUCUGUCACUUGAAAAAUGGCAUCUCAGGGCUUUGGUCUUGUCGUCCCUGCAUAAAUGUUUUCGUUAUGAUGUUGGGAGUGUUAAAUUUCUGGACUCCUCAAGAUUUGAACUUCUGUUGAAGCCGAUCGUCUCACAGCUUAUUGUUGAACCACCAGCUGGUAUCGAAGAUCAUCCAGAUAUACCAUCUCUGGAAGAAGUAGAUGACAUAUUGGUUUCUUGUGCUGGUCAAAUGGCUGUAACUGCUGGUUCUGAUCUUCUAUGGAAGCCCCUGAACUAUGAGGUAUUGAUGCAAACCCGGAGUGAAAUGGUGAGACCACGUCUUUUAGGCCUCAAAAUUGUCAAAUACCUGGUUGAGAAUUUGAAAGAUGAGUACCUGGUGUUACUGGCUGAAACAAUUCCUUUCCUUGCUGAGUUGCUGGAGGAUGUGGAGUUACCAGUGAAGACACUUGCACAAGAGAUACUCAAGGAGCUGGAGUCUAUGAGUGGCGAGAACCUACGUGAAUACUUUUGAUCUUGUUAUAAUACUAUAUUACCAGGCACCUGGCGAAUUACCCGAUCAAUGCUGAGGAAACGACAAGGGAGAGCUGAAGAAACAUAUUAAACUGUCUGGUGUUAUCUUUCUACUGCCAACUCUUUCCAAUCAGGAGAGAACACUUUGUGAUACAACCAUUUUUGUAGCAAACUAGCAUUCUUUUUGUUUACCAUCUUUUUUUCUUUAGUUUAAGUGUUGAUGUUUUGAUUCUAUGCUAAAGUGCUGAUAUUUGAUUUCUAUGUAUUAGCUUAUUGCAUCAACUGUUUAAGAUUAAGUUCCAAAGAAUAUUAACUGUCAAUAUUAAACUUCUUUGCAAGUUUGUUAGCUUUAAAAGCAGCUUUACUUUCACCAA